ACGUGGUUCCGCGUCUGCCUUCCUGCUCGUCUGUCAGCGUGUGAAGGUUCCCAGCUCUCCUCCUCUCACUCCUCUGCCUCCUUUUCUCCUGCCGCACGGCAGCAGCUCUCCUCCUCCUCCUCCUCUUCCUCCGUCCUCCUCCUCCUCCUCCUCUUCUUCCUCCUCCUCCUCUUCCUCGCUCCACUCCGCCUCGGUUCCCGGUAACGCCGACAGCCAGGCCGCGGCCGCUCCAGCGUGCGGACACUUGAGCGUGUGUGAAAGUGUGUGUGCGGUGUAUGCGUGUGUGUGAGUGAGUGCGUGUGCGCGCACCCGCCCGCGGCCGGUCUCUCGCCUCGCCCCCUCCUCUCCUCCUCCUCUCCUCCUCUCCUCCUCCUCCUCCUCUCUCUUUCUCCCCGCUAUCCCGCCUCGCCGUGUCGGUCAUGACGCUGGAAGCGAUCCGCUACCGGACCGGGUCCCUGCAGGUCCUCAACCAGCUGCUGCUGCCGCACCAGACGGUCUACGACGACAUCCGCUCGGUGCAGGACGCUUUCGAGGCCAUCAAGUCCAUGAAGGUCCGCGGGGCUCCGGCCAUCGCCAUCGUCGGCUGCCUCAGCCUGGCCGUGGAGCUGCGGGCGGGCGCCGGGGGCGACGACCCGGUGACCUUCAUCAGGGAGUCGCUGUGCCACCUGACGUCGGCCCGGCCCACCGCCGUCAACAUGGGCCGCGCCGCCCGCGAGCUGAUGGAGUUCGCCGAGAACGAGAGCAUGGAGAAGAACUCCGAGCAGCUCAGGGAAAGCGUAAUUGCCUGGAUUGAAGACAUGCUGGAGCGUGACGUCAAUGACAACAAGAAGAUCGGUAACUAUGGAGCCCAGCACAUCCUGUCGGGCGUCCCGAGGGACUCGGUGACCAUCCUCACACACUGCAACACCGGCUCGCUGGCCACAGCUGGAUACGGGACGGCGCUGGGCGUGGUGAGGAGCCUCCACGGUCUGGGCCGGCUGAAGCGCAUGUACUGCACGGAGACGAGGCCGUACAACCAGGGCUCCCGGCUGACCGCGUACGAGGCGGUCGCAGAGGGAAUCCCCGCCACGCUCAUCACGGACAGCAUGGCGGCGCUCACCAUGAGGGAGAUGGACAUCACAGCCGUGGUGGUGGGCGCAGACCGGGUGGUCGCCAACGGCGACACGGCCAACAAGGUGGGCACGUACCAGCUGGCCAUCGCCGCCAAGCACCACGGGAUCCCCUUCUACGUGGCGGCGCCCAGCACGUCCUGCGACCUGAGCCUGGAGAGCGGCAGGGACAUCAUCAUCGAGGUGCGCCCCCCGGAGGAGCUCACCAGUAUAAACGGGGUCUCCAUCGCCGCUCCUGGUAUCGAGGUGUGGAACCCGGCGUUCGACGUGACCCCCCACCAGCUCAUCACAGGCGGCAUCAUCACAGAGCUGGGAGUCUUCCUCCCCUCCGAGCUCCAGGCGGCGCUCACCGGCCGCCUCACGGCCCUCUAGAGCGCCCCCCGCCCCCCCGCCGCCGGUCCGUGCGCGCGCCGCUCGCUCGCACGUCGGCAUGUCGCCACACCACAACGCACGGACACUGCUGGGGUCGGGGGUCGCGUCGGUCUGGCGGCAGUUACUGUUACAUGGUCAGUGGUGCACACAGAAGAAGAAAA